CUAAAAUCGAGAAAAACAAAAGAGGGGGUGUGUAAUGACAGUUUUGCCCUUUAUGCGUUUUACUUAUAAACCUGUGUAUUAGGGUUUCUUCCAUUUGUUCAGCCGACUGCAGGAGAGCGCCGCUGCCCUUCGUUACAGAGACCACAUUACAGGGGUGCCUUAUGCUACUGGAUUUCUUUGAUAUGAGUUGCCAUUGAAUUUAAUCUAAGGGUUUUGUUAGCUCGGGAAUUAUCGACUUGAAGGUAAGAAUCAAUGGCACCACAGCAGAGGAAACCCCAUGUCAGCAGGAACCCUGAUCUAAUCAGAGGUGUGGGCAAGUAUUCACGCUCACAAAUGUACCACAAGAGGGGUCUAUGGGCCAUCAAGGCCAAAAAUGGUGGAGCUUUCCCUAAGCAUGAGAAAAAAGCCAUUGCUGCUGCACCAACUGAGAAGCCACCAAAGUUCUAUCCAGCUGAUGAUGUGAAGAAACCCCUUGUCAACAAACGCAAAGCCAGACCCACCAAGCUCAGAUCCAGUAUUACUCCUGGAACUGUGCUGAUCAUAUUGGCUGGGAGAUUCAAGGGGAAAAGAGUUGUUUUCUUGAAACAACUUACAUCUGGACUGCUAUUGGUUACAGGUCCUUUUAAGAUCAAUGGUGUUCCUUUGAGGAGGGUAAAUCAGUCAUAUGUGAUUGCUACAUCAACCAAGGUCGACAUCUCGGGGGUGAAUGUGGAGAAGUUUGAUGACAAGUACUUUGGAAAGAAAACUGAAAAGAAGAAGACCAAAGGAGAAGGCGAGUUUUUUGAAGCAGAGAAAGAGGAAAAGAGCUUGCUUCCACAGGAGAAAAAGGAUGACCAGAAAUCAGUUGAUGCAGCUUUGAUAAAGACCAUUGAGGCUGUUCCUGACUUGAAAAGCUAUUUGGGUGCAAGAUUUUCACUCAAGGCAGGCAUGAAACCACAUGAGCUUGUCUUUUAGAUGAAGUGUCUUUGAGUUAAUUUUGUUUUCUUGAUUAUGUUUGUGUAAGCUCUAGAUUUUGAGGCUGCAUUCUGUCAGUUUUUGAUGGUUGUCAACGAUGAAAUUACCUUUUUUGCUAUUGAAUUUUGGUAUCUAUAAUCUGCAUCCUCUUUGAAACAUUAUGAUUCUGAAAUCGUUUUGUAUUUGAAUCACAUUUGCUGUAGUUUGAAGAUUUCCAGACUAGGACUACAAUGUUGCUUUAGGCAUGUUCAUAGAAGGGAAAAACAUUUAUUAUUGUAAUUAAUUAAACAUUACAUAGAAACUGAAGUCAAACAUGUUAAAAAAACCAAAACGAG